AUGCAACACGGGGUUCUUAGCAGUCCAGUCCCAUGUUUCCCCUACAUCUCUGCCAUCAUCAUCUUCAAGGAGUCGGAAUUUUGGUGGCUAGCAAUGGGGCAUCUAGUACAUAAGUACCUCGUUAGCGCUCAAAGGGCUGGCUUGCUAUCCCAGGCUCAGAAGGCCAUGCCCGGUUGA